AUGUGGCCCAGGCCGGACGGUGCCCCAGGGCCCUGGCCGACAGGCAGGGGCGGGGGCCGGCCUGCGUCACCGCCCGCCCGGCCCCCCGCCCCCUGGCCGCCUAAACUCCACCCCGAAGGCGGUGCGGAUAAAGGCUCGGGGGCCGCCCGCUUAGCCCCAGACCGGCUCCGCCACCGCGUACUCGUUCCGGACGUGGGCAGGGUUCAAGGUGUCUCCAACCCUGGGGAUCCCCUUGAGAACCGGAAUGGGAAGGACUCGGCGCUGCCGGCAGAGCCGUCUGGACCUCUGCCCCCGCCCCGCCCCCGGGGCACUCCCACUCCCCUCCCGUCUGACUGCCCUCUACCCCGGGCUGCAUCGGCGCCCCCUGCCCGGGUCUCUGGGCAGCGCUCCCGGGCGGGGCCGGCAGAGGGCGCGCCAGCGCUGCUGACUCACCGCAGCCCCGAGCGGCGCGCGCGGGCGCAGCCGGGGACGCCGCGUCACGUCACGGCUCGGGCGGGCGCGACUCGGGAAGCGGGCCCGGCCCGCGGGACGGGGGUGGGACGCGAGGUGGCACAGGCGCGGGAGGGGCCGUCCGGCAGCGGCCACGUCACCGGGGUGCAGGCCCCGCCCGCAGCUCCACCCCUUACAGGGGCUUCACGCUUCUCGAGAGAGGGGGCGCCGCAGGCCGACCCUGCCGCGAGUCCUUCAGCGGGGACCCAGUCACGAGGCGCGGGGAUCGCGUCCCGCUUCCGCUUGCAGCGGUUUCCCGGACGGGCACAGGGGGAGGCCCCGGCUUCCUAUGCUUCCAGCUUUGGGCCGCCGCCUUAUCCCACGGCAAACCACCCCAACCCGGGUUCUCGGGCCCCGAGCGCCUCGCCGCCCGCCCUUUGUUGA